CAAACGGCGCUAUUAGUGGCCAUUACAGAGGGACACAAAGAUAUCGUACAAAUCUUGUUAGAUCAGGGUGCCGAUGUCAACUCGAAAACUGAAUGGGGCGACACACUGCUCCCUUUUGCUGUGCGAAGUGGACAAGAACAAAUCUGCUGGUUAUUAAUCAAAAGAGGAGCUGACGUGGAUGCCAAAGACCGCAGGGGAUUAACGCCGUUGUAUUGGGCCAUUGAGGAGAGACGUAAAGAUAUCGUACAAAUCCUCGUAGAUGAGGGUGCCGAUGACAUCUUGAAAACUGAAAGGGGCGAGACACUGCUGCAUUUUGCUAUGCGAGAAGGACAAGAAGAAAUUUGCAGAAUUCUAGUCACAGGAGGUGCUGACGUAAAUGACAAAGAUGUAAGUGGAUGCACAGCUUUACAU